GGGAAACCAAAAAUGCAACGUCAUCAAAACCCAACGCAAAUGAGCUGUCCACACCAGAAUUUACGUCGAUUCAGGAAAAGAAAUGGACCAGAAUUCUGCUCAAGUCUGCAGAUUCUGCGGAAAGGUAUUGUCAAACAAAUCAGCGCUUCGACAGCAUGAAGCAGUUCACACUGGACUUGGCCGUUACCAGUGCUGUGAGAAAGUGUUUCACAGCAAGUCUAACUUAACACGUCACAGAUGUACAAAGCAUGAUGAAGUACGCACAUUUGUUUGUGUGGAGUGCCACAAGGCAUUUCCUACAAAUGCCGACCUGACCCGCCAUAAGAAGCGCGAGAAGAAAAUUGGUUUGAAAUGUGAUAUUUGUGGUGUAACAGUUGCCGGAAAAACUGAUCUUCAAGAACAUUUAGACAGCCAUAGCGGGAAGAAGAACCAUAGAUGUGAGGAAUGUGGACGGGUCUACAGAUACCGACGGAAUCUAAGCCGGCACAUGAAAUCUCACAAGAAGGAUUAGAAUCUCUUUCCCGCAUGGUGCUUAAGGUAGUUUUGCACGUCCGGAUUCAUUUUAAUACAAUUUAAAUUUUUUGUAAACCUCGAAUUUUAAAAAAAAAAUCAAAAAAAAAAAAUCUCAAAUUUUGGUACAUGUAAAGCGGAAGGAUCAUGUUAUUUCUUUUUCUCGCUGGAUAGAAUGUUUUAAUCUGACAGAAAGUUAUCGUAAUAGGAACCUCAGUCGUUAAUAUAUGCUACUGUCUUAAAUAUGAUGAAAAAGAAUGUAUAUGUCCGUGAUGUACUUUCUUAUCUAUUUAGCAUUUUUGAUUUUUUCAAUUUUUUUUUCUAUAGGAAUACAGAAUUGUUUUCAUUUUUUGAUCUCGGAUUUCACAUUCAAGAAAUGAACUUUUCUUCCGCUUGUUGAAUCCAUGUUUAAGUCUACGUAAUGAUACACUGUAUGCCUUUCUGGGUUAUCAACUUAUCAAACGUGCAGAGCUACCUUAAGUGAUAUUUUUGUAUUGAUCAGUUUAGGUUGUACGGUUGUGUAUGAUAAAGAGACUUCCAUGACUGACCUGUUUCAUGUUUUCUGAAUACAAAAUGUUUGUAUCUAUGAAACGGUGUGUGACAUAAUAUAUAAACAUACUCAAGAGCAAAUACUCAAUGUCAGACGUAGGGCAUUUAUGAUUCUCUUGUUCGUUUUUUUGUGUGUUUUUUUUUAUUUAGUUGUGUUUAUUGAUUAUCUGAUAGAUAAUUUGUAUUUGCAAUAAGACUGUUGUGAUCAUUAUUUUCUAAAUUCGUACCUUUUUAAACUUUUUGUAUUUGAAAUAUAGAAACAAACGUAUUAUAUGAUGGCGGGUGCGUACAUGCGUUCGUCCGUAAUAUUUUAAGUCCAGAG